UAUAGGCAUAAACGCAGUUUUUCAAAAUAUAGCAAACGUAACACAUGUCUCUAUGGCAGUUUUUCGGUUUAGUUAGCUUGAUAUGUGAAAUUAUCACAGGCGGGUCAGUUUUUAACGAAAUUCCAAGCGAGAACAAUGGAAUCUAGUGGUAACAUACUGAAUUGGGCAGUCAGAGUGAAAGAAGAGCCUAUCGAUGUGUCGCUUAGGGAAAAUGAUAGUGAAAUGAUGGACGAGAAACCCGAGCUUAAAAACUCCCAGCUCUUACCAUUUCUGCGAGAAAAUAAAAUCCAUACAUUUAGAAAAUGUUGCGUUAAUCAAAGAAGUGUACUGGAUGAAGAAGUGAAAAUAAUCGUUGAAUGUGAAGACGUCAAACCCAAUAUUAAUUUAUUAACUGAAACCGCAGAGGAGUUGAAACAGGAACUUUUUGGAGACUACACCGAAGAAUUGAAUUCGAAUUUCGACUGUGAACUCGUCGAACAAAAUAAAAAAAGAAGAAUUAUAAAAGAGUUUAACAGUGAACGUAGACUCAAGACAUACUGCGGUAUAAUGCAUAAUGAUACGACCUAUCCAUGUGAAAUGUGUGGAAAGAAAUUCUCGACUAAGAGUAAUCUCAAAGUUCACGUUAAUACGAAGCACUAUGGUGUCACACAUGCAUGUGAUAUUUGUGGAAAAACAUUUUCAAGCAGAAAUUAUGUAAGAAAGCACAUUGAUUCCGUACAUAAGGGUAUCACGUAUGCGUGUGAUACUUGUGGAAAUUCAUUUCAACUUUUGUCUACUCUGAAAAUCCACGUUAAUGCGAAGCAUAAUGGUGACAGACAUGCUUGUGAUAUUUGUGGAAAAAAAUUUUCAAGGAAGGAUUAUAUCAAAAAGCAUAUUGAUUCGGUACAUAAGCGUAUUACAUGGGCGUGUGAUAUGUGUGGAAAAAUUCUUUCAAGAAAGGAUAAUAUGAAAAACCACAUUAAUUCGAUACAUAAGGGUAUCACGCAUACAUGUGAUGUAUGCGGUAAGAAAUUUUCACAUGAAAGAACUGUCAGAAUCCACGUCGAUUCGAAGCACAACGGUAUCACACAUGCAUGUGGUAUAGGCCAUAAGACAUUUUCACAAAAAUAUUAUCUCAGAGCCCACGUCCAUUCAGUGCACAACGGUAUCAGACAUGCAUGUCAUGUUUGCGGAAAGUCUUUUACUGAAAAAAAGGAAUCUCAAAGUUCACAUUAAUUCAAAGCACAUUAGUGUCUUACGGGCAUGCGAUGUAUACAUAUGAAAUAUCCAAAUAAAUUUAAUCUCAAAAAAGCUUCAAUAAGGUGCACAAUAGUGCAAUCACUUGUAUAUGUGAAAUAUAAAAGAAUUCACAAGAAUGAAUAUUCGUCGGAAGCAUAUCGAUGCAGUACACCACACACGUAACACAAAUUGAUGAACGUAUCAAAUCUGAUUUAAAUAUUUUGAUAAUAAUUUAAAAUUAGCUAUUUAUAACAAUAUUAUUCUUUCUUUCUAUGUUACCUCAUUAUGUACAAAGUUUAAGUUAAAAAAAAUAAUGAAUUUCCGAAGGAAAAUGAGGUACAUUAAUCAUUGUAAUAAUCUAAUAAAAUAUUGA